CCCGUCUCCCAUUGGUGUGACGGCUCGCGGCCCCGCCACGCCGGGUAAACACGGAGUGGCCAAAUAAAGCGGUGACACGCUCACACACACGGGCACACGUGCGGCGCGCGAGGUUGCUGGCGGACGCGUCUUGCAGUGCGGUGAUGUCACGCUCGACUUGACGAGAGCCGAGCCACGUGUAGCGGUGGUGUUUUUCGGGAAGCGAAAUCUCUGCGUGGUAGAAUACAGCAAAGGCCGGGUAGGGGGGAUUGGCCGACAUGAACUGACUUGUUGUGAGCGAGUACGACCGAACGGCGAGCGGCAACGUCUUAGACGCUAACCCAUCCGCGGCAGCUAGCCCAGCCAUUCAUCCGCCACCAUCACUCAUUCACACACAUACGCGCGCGCCACAUUCGGCCACGUACGCACGCGUCCCAUUCACGCAGCUAACCCCUUCGUCAAUCGGCCCACGACGCACUAAUUCGUAAAUUCAUUCACGAAUCCAUCCACUCGCCCUCACGCAAUAAACUCACGCGGCCGGCCAUCCAUUCGCACUUGAACUCGCUCAGCCAUUCAUCCAAUCACCUGUCCAUCGUUCUCAUCCAUUCAUCGGUUAGUAUAUUAAUCCACGAACUCAUCUCGACCCGUUCACUCACCCACCCCACUCGCCCAUCCGACCGUCUAUCCUCGCACAUACCCAUCCAUCCAUUCACCAACGCACCCCACCCAUCCACUCACCCGGGACACUCUUCAUUCACCACCGACAUGGUGGACAGCGUGUACCGCACACGCUCGCUGGGGGUGCCGGCCGAGGGGCUCCCGGAUCAGUACGCGGACGGGCGCGCCGCCCGCGUGUGGCAGCUGUACAUCGGGGACACGCAGAGCCGCACCGACGAGUACCGCACGUGGCUCACCAAGCUGCUGAGCGACCACGGCUGCAAGAGGAUUCUGGACGUCGCUUGCGGCACUGGGGUGGACUCCAUCAUGCUGCUGGAGGAGGGGUUCCAGAUGACCAGCGUGGACGCCAGUGACAAGAUGCUCAAGUACGCGCUCAAGGAGCGCUGGCGUCGGCGCAAGGAGCCGGCGUUUGACAACUGGGUGAUCGAGGAGGCCAACUGGCUGACGCUGCAGCAGGACGUGCAGAAGCCCGGGGACGGCUUCGACGCCGCCAUCUGCCUGGGGAACUCCUUCGCGCAUCUGCCCGACUUGAAAGGCGACCAAAGCGAGCACAAGCUGGCGCUGCAGAACAUCGCCAGCAUGGUGCGGCCCGGCGGCAUCUUCAUCAUCGACCACCGCAACUACGACUACAUCCUGGACACGGGCAAGGCCCCCCCGGGCAAGAACAUCUACUACAAGAGCGACCUCACCAAGGACAUCAGCACGUCGGUGCUGUGGGUGAACAGCAAGCCGCACAUGGUGACGCUGGACUACACGAUCAUGCAGCCGGAGCCCGAGAGCGAGAACGGCGAGAUCGGAUACAGCAAGUUCCGGCUGUCCUACUACCCGCACCGGCUGGAGGGCUUCACGGAGCUCCUGCGCGGGGCGUUCGCCGGGCGCUGCGAGCUGGGCGUGUACGGCGACUUCCGGCCGUACCGCCGCGGCCAGCCCGAGGUGCCCUGCUACUACAUCCACGUGGCCAAGAAGCGCUGACGUGGCGGGGAUUGCGGUGCGGCUGGUUGGGAAGGGGGCGGGGGGUGGGGGGCG